AUGACCAAGUCGAUGAACCAUUCUAUCAACCAGCAACUCGUCACAAUCAUCAUGUCGGCGCUUCCAGACAAGAUCGGCUCGCUCCUCUUCUGCCCAAAUUGCGGUUCGUUACUCGAUGUUCCUGGCGACGAAGACUUCAUCAAAUGCGCUCCCUGCGGUGCUGUUCAAAAUGCGAAGGCAUUGCGCCAGAAACGUCAGUUGGUCAACACAGCAGCCGCGCUUGGCGACAACAACAAACCACAAGAAGCCACCAUUAAGGAAAAGUGCCCUGGAUGCGGCAACGACGAGAUGAACUUCCACACCCUCCAGCUCCGUUCAGCAGAUGAGGGAACCACCGUCUUUUACGACUGUCCAAAAUGCGGCUACAAGUUCAGUCAGAACAACUGA